GAAGCAUCACGGAAGAUGUGGUCCACUCGGUGGGAUUACGCCUCUUUCACGAUCCCAAUACGAACGACAACUCCCAGCGUGCGCAGCGCUCCGCCCACCUCGCCGGUUACCCGUAUGCUGCCUUCGCUGACGAGAAGCAGCGCAAACAUGGCAGCUGCCAGUCAGAUUGCGGCGGUGAUGGUUGCUGCUCAACUUUUAUUGUUUACUUUGUACGGCUCGGCCUGGGCUGAGUACUUUUCGCUUUUAUCGUUCAAUAGCAACAGCCGCUUGCAGAAGCCAGGCUGUGUCACCCAGUCAGAACUGGCGAACUCGAAGGACUUAGUGGAAUGUGAAUCUUCAUUUUUGAAUCCUGAGGACACCGAUUGUGUGCCUAGAGGAGCUCCACCCUGUGAACCUGUGCCAUUCCUGGAUACAGAAAAAAUUCUGAGUCAAGCUAAAGUUUUGUCUGAACAAAAGAGAUUUCCAUUUGCUACCAUUGAUGCAAAUACAAAUGAGGAAUUAGCAUUUGGCUAUGCCUUGAUUGGAAAUACCUUGUAUGAUGAAGCAAUAAAACAUUUCUCAGCCCUGUUACAGGGAAACCCAGAACUUGUGAGUGCCAUCUAUGGAAGAGGAAUAGCAUAUGGAAAGAAAGGCUUACAGGACAUUAGAAAUGCUGAACUUGCUCUGUUGGAGUUAAAUAAAGUGAUAGCCUUAGAACCUAAUGCCCCUGAGGUAUUUGAACAGAGAGCAGAGAUUCUGUCACCACUGGGACGGAUAAGUGAAGCUUUAAAUGACCUCAGUAGAGCUAUACAGUUGCGCCCAUCUGCACGUUUGUAUAGACAUAGAGGCACCCUUUAUUUUAUAUCUGAGGAUUAUGCGGCAGCACAUGACGAUUUCCAGAUGUCCUUAGAAAUGAAGAAAUACCAGCCAAUUGCAAUGCUCUAUAAAGGUCUAACUUUCUAUCACAGGGGUAUGCUGAAGGAAGCAAUUGAUGCAUUCAAAGAUGCCCUUGAACUAAAAACAGAUUUUACAGAUGCAUAUAGAAGUCUAGGGCAAGCCUACAGAGAAUUGGGUAAUUUUGAAGCAGCAAUGGAAAAUUUCCAGAAGGCCUUAAUGCUAAAUCAAAACCACAUUCAGUCUCUUCAAUUGAGGGGAAUGAUGCUUUACCAUCAUGGUAGUAUUCAGGAGGCACUAAAAGACUUUAAGGGUUGCCUGCAGUUGGAGCCAUAUAAUGAAGUUUGCCAGUACAUGAGGGGCCUGGGUCAUGUUGCAAUGGGUCAGUUUUAUGAAGGAAUUAAAGCUCAGACGAAAGUGAUGUUAAAUGACCCACUCCCUGGUCAGAAAGCGAGUCCUGAAUAUCUCAAAGUGAAGUACCUCAGAGAGUAUUCGCGUUACUUACAUGCGCAUCUUGAUCUGCCGGUGACUGAGUACAAUAUAGACGUUGAUCUUCCUGGUAAUUUCAAGGAUCACUGGGCUAAGAACCUCCCCUUCCUUAUUGAAGGCUAUGAAGAACAACCAGGAUUGCAACCUCAUAUAAAGGAUGUUCUACCUCAGAAGUUUGAAAGCUACAGUGAAGAGGUCCAAGAACUAAUUUGCACUGCGGACCGCUUGGGUUCACUUAUGCAAUAUGCUACACCAGGGUUUCUUCCAAACAAAAGGGUACAUAGAGCUAUGGGACUUGCAACAUUAGAAAUUAUGCAGGUUGUACAGCGAACGUGGGCAAAUUCAAAAAUCCGUGUUGGUGGCAAAACCAGAUUGAUGCAAUGGAAGGACAUGUUUGAUAUCGCUGUGAAAUGGAGAAGAAUUGCAGAUCCAGAUCAGCCAGUACUGUGGUUGGACCAGAUGCCACCUCAAAGCCUCAGCCGUGGUUUCAAUAAUCAUAUAAAUCUCAUCAGGGGUCAAAUCAUUAACAUGCGGUACCUGGCAUAUUUUGACAAAAUAUUGAAUUUCAUAAAAGACAGGAUACUUGUUUAUCACAGUGCAAACAAUCCCAAGGGACUUUCGGACGUGAGAGAUGCCCUGGAGAAAGUGAAAAAAGUGGAAGACCUCCUUCCAAUCAUGAAACAGUUCAACAGCAAAACCAGAGAUGGCUUCACUGUAAACACAAAGGUGCCCAGUUUAAAAUAUCAAGGGAAGGAGUACGAUGGUUUUACCAUCACUAUAACUGGUGACAGAGUGGGAAAUAUGCUGUUUUCGGUGGAAACUCAGACAACCGAGGAGAGGACACAGCAAUAUCAUGAUGAAAUAGAAGCACUAUAUAAAGACCUCAGCAGCAAAGGAAAGGCGUUGAUACUUUCCACUGAGCUUGGUGAAGCUGAUGCAGUGUGCAACCUUAUCCUUUCUUUGGUGUAUUACUUCUACAAUCUAAUGCCUCUUUCAAGAGGAUCCAGUGUAGUGGCAUAUUCAGUAAUUAUGGGAGCACUAAUGGCUAGUGGGAAGGAGAUCACAGGGAAAAUCCCCAAAGGAAAGUUAGUGGAUUUUGAAGCCAUGACAACACCAAGCCCAGAGGCAUUCAGUAAAAUAGGAAAAAGCUGGAUGAACUUGAAAAGCUUGCCAGCAUCGUACUCCAGUCUUCCAUCUGUCUUGGAUACUUUUCCAACAAAAAGAACAAUGAUUGAAGCACUUAACACAGACUCAUCUUCCCAUUGUACCAAGAACUCAUAGGAAUGUCUGAAGACAGAACAAAGUGCAAGCUUAGCUUCACAUUAAGUUAUUUUUGUAAUUAAAAAAAGAUGUAAGCAAAUGAGGUCCAUUUUGAUUUUUUUGGGUACUUUUUGAUACUGCUUAAUUUAAUACUUGGAAGAAAAAGACUUAAGCCUCCAAACUUCAUUUUACAAAAGAAUGGCUGUUGAUCAUUCCUUAUUUGGAUAUACUAAAGUGCAGUACUUAAAGAACGGGUUGAUAAUAUAUAAAGAGACUACUACCUGGCUAAAUGAAAUGCAAGCAAUUUUCUUGGUGAACAAAUUAGUUUCCAAUCAGGCCCUUACAAUCACAAACUGCAUCAUGUAUAGCACCACCAGAAUUAUCUCUUCCUACACUUUUGCUUACUUAAUAAACAUUCCCUAAAACAACCGUAGAUUUCAGAAGCUGCUGCAUUUUAGUGGAUGGGAUAAUGGUUUUGGUUUGUUGCAUUUUGGUGGUUUGGCUUUAGCAGCCAUCAUAAUUUGUAGGAACAUUGUGAAGGUGCUGGAUCUGUGACUGAAAUUAUUUUUGAUUUAUCUUCUUUAGGGGCUUCUAGGUUAAGCAGCUUAGCAAAUAAAUGAGGGUGCAAUUUGCAUUAAAAGUGUAUGCAAAGCAAUCAUGGCUAUGGGACUGCAUGGCUAAGAUAGGACAAUCUCCAGUAAUUUAUAAUUUGUGACCCCCAAAAUAAAUUUUUUUAAUCCCUUACCUGGCUGUGGGCUACACAGAUGUGUUAGCUUUGUAUGAACGGGAACUGGAAACUGGGACAUGUUUACUAAGGAAAGUGCAAUCUGUUUCCUGCUAAGCAACAAAUUUUGCAAGUUCUGAGCCUGUAUCAACAUGUAUUUUCCUUUAAGGAGAAAAGAUUUUAUCUGAAUGCCUGGUUGGUUGACAUUUGAUUUUGUUGCCUGAACAACUGUUUUUUUUAAAAAAUGGUUUUUGUUGUGAGUUAUUUGCUUCAAUAAAGGGGAUCUAUACCUACCACAUAAAACAAAGUUUGCUGUACGUCCAUCUUCCAUGGCAAUCCUUCCAUUUUUGGUGCUUUUCUCAAUGCCACUGUGAUUCAGUUUUAAAUUUGCACUAUAUUUUCUGUUUUUUUUUCCAGAAACCUAAUUAUAAAUACGUUUUUCUUCUACAUUUUGGUAGAAUUAUCAGUGGUAUUUUGUAUGUUCUUUGUUUCCGUAAAAGUGUAUGUUCAUGUUAUGAAACAUUUUGUAAAGGAUCAGUUUUGUCUCAUUAAAAGAUGCUUUCAAUCUGGA